UUAAAUAUGUUCUGUGGGAUCAGCAAUCGACAUUUUUGACAAGUAUAUGUAAUCUUACAAAACUUCAGAAACUUGAAGUAAUUUCAUGUUUUCGUAUACAGGACUUUUGUCCAGACACAGAUUUAUUCACUGUUUCUUGUAACUGCCAAAAGCUAGAGAUUCUAGACUUUCGAAACACAUUAGUAACGGAUAAGAUAAUUGAAUGGUUUUGUCAAGUUAAAUCUUUAAAAGAACUGUAUCUAGAAUGUCCUAAAUAUUUUAGGGACAAAUUGUCAUCAAAUGAAUUUUUCAAAGAGUUAGAAAACUUUUAUUACGGAGACUACAUGUCUUUGUAUCGGUUUGAUGAGGAACUUUAUACAUUUUAUAAUCGUCUUGCCGAAAAGAACGAUAAAGAAAUAAUCACUUACAGAAACAAUUUGUUUCCAAACUAUUUGUUGUCAAAUAUUAGUCGCUAUAUAAGUAGAUGUACAAAUUUGAAGAUAUUACAUAUAAGACAUUAUUCGCAAGUUACAAGAACAGCUAUCGAUAUUAUGGCGUCGACAUUACCAAACUUAAUAGAGUUGGAUAUAACUGGAUGUUCUGUAACUCUGGAGGACGUGAAACACUUUGAACUACAAAGACCUAAUGUUAAAACUUAUUCAUCUUUUAGUAUACCACAUAGCAGAUAUUCUAAAAAUGUAUGAGUAAGAUGAGUAUUCAUACGAAGUCAUUGUGACAUAGAUUAUAAAAGAAACGAGGAAAAAACGAAAAUCGUUUCAGAUCUCGAGAGAAAGUAGUACUUGAUAUUUCAAGUAUAUAAAUAUUUUUAACAAAACUGUAAUUAUCGUACGUGAAGAAAGUAAUUA